GGCACUCCUUGGACCCGGAAGUAAUCUCCGUAGGCCCAUGUGUAGUGGAGAACCGGGAGUUUGGAAGCGUACAGUGUGGAUCCUAGGGCUCAUGGACAGGUUGUUCACGAUCCACAAACAAAACUGCUCUGACUUUGAGGACUAUUGAGGGCGCAACUGCAUCGUGCCCGAUGGAGUCUACGUUCAGCAGCCCCGCGGAGGCAGCCCUGCAACGGGAGGCGGGCGUCCCUGCACUGUUGACUCCUCGGGAAGACCUCGACCGAGUAUACGAGCUGGAGCGAGUCACGAAAUUUGUCUGCGACUUAGGGUGUCAGCAGGUGGCCUUGCAGUUCCCUGACCAGUUACUGGGCGAUGCUGGGGCGGUGGCUGCCCGGCUAGAGGAAGUCACGGGGUCUAAGAUGUUCAUUUUAGGGGACACAGCUUAUGGCAGCUGCUGUGUGGAUGUGCUGGGUGCUGAGCAGGCGGGAGCGCAAGCCCUUAUACACUUUGGUCCUGCCUGCUUAAGCCCCCCAGCCCGCCUGCUGCCCGUCACCUUUGUCCUUGGUCAGCGUUCUGUUGCCUUAGAGCUCUGUGCAAAGGCCUUUGAAGCCCAGAACCCAGAUACCACAGCACCGGUAGUACUGCUGAGUGAGCCAGCUUGUGCCCACGCCCUAGAGGCGUUGGCCACCCUCCUGUGCCCAAAGUACCAAGAUCUACUCAUCUCCAGCCCAGCUCUUCCCCUGCCAGCGGAGUCCCCAAGCUCACAGCCUCAGUCCCUGGAGCGUUUCGGUCGCCGCUUCCCCCUGAGCCCAGGACGACAUCUGGAAGAAUAUGGUGCCUUCUAUGUGGGCGGUUCUCAAGCAAGCUCUGACCCCAGCCUUGAUCCAGAUCUGAGCAGACUGCUUUUGGGGUGGGCGCCAGGACAGCCCUUCAUUUCCUGUUGUCCAGACACAGGACAGACACAAGACCAGGGUGCACAGGCUGGGCGGCUACGAGCGCGAAGACUGUAUCUUGUAGAGAGGGCCAGGGAUGCCCGUGUGGUAGGGCUGCUGGCAGGUACAUUAGGUGUGGCUCAACACCGUGAGGCACUGGCACACUUGCGGAAACUGACUCAAGCUGCUGGAAAACGUAGCUAUGUGUUGGCCCUGGGGAGGCCCACACCUGCCAAGCUUGCCAACUUCCCUGAGAUGGAUGUCUUUGUGCUGUUGUCCUGUCCCCUGGGAGCCCUCGCUCCCCAGCCUUCAGGUGGCUUCUUGCGGCCUGUGUUGACACCAUGUGAAUUGGAGGCUGCCUGUAACCCUGCCUGGCCACCUCCAGGCCUCGCUCCCCACCUCACACAUUAUGCAGAGCUGUUGCCUGGUUCUCCCUUCCAUGUGCCACUCCCACCACCUGAGUCAGAGUUGUGGGACACCCCAGAUGUGUCACUCAUCUCUGGGGAGCUCCGACCACCACCUUCUUGGAAGUCACCGAAUGACACUAGAUGUUCGGCCCUAACUCCAAGGCCCCAGCUGGAGCUGGCUGAGAGCAGCCCCGCAGGUAAGCAUGCAAAUAGCUGCCGGCUGCUAGAUGCUUGUCCAGGCCCAGCCCACACAGCUUGUACUCUCUCUCCCUCUCCAGCAUCGUUCCUUAGUUCCCGGAGCUGGCAGGGGCUGGAGCCCCGCUUGGGCCAGACACCAGUGAAGGAAGCCAUCAGUGGAAGACGAGGGAUCGCCAUUGCCUAUGAGGAUGAGGGGAGCAGCUCAUACCAUGUGAGGCCAGAGUCGGAGGGCGAUAAGGCUGCUGGGACUUGUGCUCCCUGAACCAGCUUCUCAUCCUCUCACAAUGGUACUUGAGGCCUGGGCAGAGGGAGUGCGGGUGGCUCCUCCCUGUGGAGCAGCCUAGCCUGUCCUGGUACUGGCUCAGCACACAGUAGUGCAAUAACUGCCAGUUUGGUGGUGGGACUGGGGAGCCCCAGGGCUUGUUUGGGACUGUGGCUCAUCCCAGCCCCUGGUGUGAGGAUGUAGUUUAGCCCUCCU